AUGGAGGUCGCUCGUCCUCCUGCGAGUGGUCCUGCUCGGGGUGCUGAGCCUGGGGGUGCGGAGCCUGGGGGUGCUGAGUCUGGGGGUACUGAGCCUGAGGGUGCGGAGCUUGAGGGUGUAGAGCCUGGUGGUGCUGAGCCUGCGUGUGAGGGGUCUGGGGGUGCUGAGCUUGGCGGUACUGACGCUGGAGGUUCUGGAGCUACUGAGGGUGCUGGCGCUGGAGGUUCAGGAGCUGCUGGAGGGCCUAGUCCUGGUGGCGCUGGAGCUGGAGGUCCUGGAGCUGUUGAGGGUGCUCGCGCUGGAGGUUCUGGAGUCGCUGGAGGUACUGGUGCUGAGGGUACUGACACCGGAGGUUCUGGAGCCGUUGGGGGUGCGGGCGCUGAGGGUUCUGAGUCUGCUGUUGCGCGGUCUCCUUGGAGUGGCCGCCUUCGUCCCCGUGUGCCUCUCACCCCACAGCAGCUGCAGGACUGGUACGGUCGCCGUCAGCGUCGCGCUGCUGGAGCUCGGAGUCGUGCUGGUCCUUUGUCUACUGGAGGUGCUGGAGUUGCUGGUUCUGGAGGGGCUCGUGCUGGAGACACUGAGGCUGGAGACCCUUGGACUGGAGGUGCUGGCUCUGGGGGUGCUGCUGCUGGAGACGCUGAGGUUGGAGACCCUGGAGCUGGAGGUGCUGGUUCUGGGGGUGCUACUGCUGGAGACCCUGCGGUUGGAGACCCUGGGACUGGAGGUGCUGGUUCUGGGGGUGCUGCUGCUGGAGACACAGAGGUUGGAGACCCUGGGACUCGAGGUGUCGGCUCUGGGCCUGGAGCUUCUGGAGCUGCUGGAGGUACUGGAGCUGCUGGAGGUACUGGAGCUGCUGGAGGCACUGGAGCUGCUGGAGCUGCUGGUUCUGACUGGCUCGCCGCUGCCUGCUCCUUCUCCUUACGCUGA